AUGGAGGAGCAUGUGGGCUGCACACUGGAGAGACAGAAGCAGCAUGUGGAUAGGUGCAGAGAAGACGAGGUGUUUGUGUGUGACCAGGGGGUGAAUGUGGCAGAAGGCAGACAGCCAACAGUCCGGGCUGCUGUGAUCAGCCCCAGCCCGGAGGAACAGCAGGGUUCACUGGAUCCCAACAGACGGCACAGGACGGCCUUCACACAGGACCAGCUGUCCCAUCUGGAGCAGGAGUACCGCAAGGAGAGUUAUGUGUCCCGGGCUCGGCGCUGUGAACUGGCUGCAGCACUCAACUUACCAGAGACCACGAUAAAGGUGUGGUUCCAAAACAGGCGGAUGAAAGACAAACGUCAGAGACACUCUCUACCUUGGUCUCACCCACGCAUCAACCCAAUAGGGACACUUCUGAUGGGUCAUGUUUCUCCAUCUUCUAACUUGAUAUACCCAUUUUCCACACCCCACCUUCACCACUUACAUUUACAGCACUACUCUUCACUGACUCUUUCCUCUAUGAUACAUAGUCCAAACAGUGUACUAAUAAAGCGGCCAGAUUGUUUCACCCUCUCCCAACAACACAACAAUCCUGGGGAGAUGCCUCCACCGGCUGUACUUGUUUAUCCCUCUGCUGGCAUCAUACACCAUCAUGUUUCAUGCCAGUGCUCACUAUGCUCUCAGUGGGGACAGCAACAUCUUCUUAAGGUCCAGUGGGAGGCGAUAGGGCUCAGCCAUGCUAACAGUUCUGCAGUCAAAACACAGGCUACUUCUUUCCAGUAG